AGAAUCCAAUCGAUCAUUAAAGAAAAAAAAAUCCACAUUUUCCAGUUUUUCGUCACCAACGCCCCUGAGACAUGAACAAUGCUCCUUGGUUUUCCUUCUUUGCACCGCACUGAUCCCGCCGGAUUCUUGGUGUUUAGCGCAAUCCCAGGUCGGAAUGCUCUCGCCGGCUCUUUUCCGUUUGUUCGCAAGCAACAUUACCUGAGAAAAAGCCAGCGUCUGAGCAGAGCCGGAGCUCUGAAGGACUGGCAAGAAUAUGAGCAAGCGGUGAAGGAUAAGGACCUCACUAGAGCUCUCCGGUUCCUCAAGGACAUUCCUGUUCAAUCAAAUGAGGAAUCUUGGAUUGACCCGAGUGGGUAUCCGAGUGAGUUGGAUUGGGCUCGGGCCGCUCGCCAAGACCGGAAUUGGGAGGUUUUGGAUACCUGCUUGAAUGCGGAUGAUAUGAGGCUUGUUGGGAGCGCCUACGCUUUUCUCAAAGACAGGGGCCUCUUGCCCAAUUUUGGGAAAUGCCGCAGUAUUGUUCUGGAAGGCCCAAGAGAUGUAACACCGACCUUAUUGAAGUCAUCGACUGGCUUAGACGUGGCAAAACUUUCACCCAAAAAGUGGGGUCUUUCAGGAAGCUCUAGCUUUGUUUUGAUUGCUUUGCUUGCUGGAACCUCUUUUCUGGUAAAUCAGGGAAUUGAUAUCAGACCAAACAUUGCGGCAGUACUGGGCCUGACCUUUCUAGAUGCUACAUUUCUUGGAGGUUCCUGCUUAGCUCAGAUCUCAAGCUUUUGGCCUCCUUAUAGGCGGCGAAUCCUGGUGCAUGAAGCUGGCCACCUUCUAGUAGCUUACCUCAUGGGUUGUCCAAUUCGUGGUGUUAUUUUGGAUCCCAUUGUGGCAAUGCAGAUGGGAAUCCAAGGCCAGGCCGGAACACAAUUCUGGGAUGAAAAACUUCAGAACGAGCUUGCUGAAGGCCGAUUGAGUGGAACUGCCUUUGACAGGUAUUGCAUGGUUCUUUUUGCUGGAAUUGCUGCCGAGGCUCUGGUCUAUGGCGAAGCAGAGGGUGGAGAAAAUGAUGAGAAUUUAUUCAGAAGCAUCUGUAUUCUUCUAGAUCCGCCACUUUCUGUGGCUCAGAUGUCGAAUCAAGCUAGGUGGUCAGUUAUGCAAUCAUAUAAUCUAUUGAAAUGGCAUAAACGUGCGCAUCGAGCUGCUGUUAAAGCUAUGGAGGGCGGGCAUGGUUUGAGCGUGAUCAUUAAAAGAAUUGAGGAAGCGAUGUCUUCCAGUAGAUGAACUAAGGAAUCCAAGAAAUAUACUCAGAAUAUGCAAACUCGUGGAGUUAGUCUGGAAGGGCGAGAACUUCCCGAGUGCUGGUACAGAUUUUGUCUUCAGUUUCGACGCUAGAUGGCUUCAAUUUGGCGCUGGCUGCUUGGCGUCAUUGUAUCAUUUGGUCAUUGAUAGGCUAGGUUGAACUUUGUUACCACUGCAAAUAGAAAUAUCACAUAGCAACUGUCCAGGUUAGGUAGCACUAGACCUAGUCAAACUUCCUUGGAUAGGAGAGAUUCUUUCAUAGGUGCAUUGAAAUUUUAUAUUUUAUGGUUUAUUAGUUAUGCCAAGAUCUUGUGUUUAAGCGACAUCACUGUGGCUCUCCUAAAUGAGAAGUCAUAGGUUCAAACCCCGUGGGAGUCAAUAGUACAAAAAAAUGGCCAAGGAUUGUGUAUGUUUUGGUUUGCAUAGGAUUGCUGCAAGUGCAUGUUGUAUAUAUACUCUGGUUAGGGCAUAAGGUUAACAAUUCAAUGGAUCUGUGGCUCAGGGGCCAGGGCCAGGGCCCCUUACUUUCGAUAUAAUUAAGGCGGUGUUUGGUCGGGGAGCUUUUCACCCAUACGUUUUAAUACUAAUUACCAUGUUUGUUUGCCUA